AUGAACGAAGACUUCAAGAAAUUUGCAAAUUUCCAAAUAUACAAUGGUGUCGACUCUGGCACUGAAGAAACGAUUAAAAAUCUAGCAAAAGAUUUAAGUGUUAACAGUGGCCUAAAAGCAGAAAAUUACACUACUUCCAGAAGUAGUGAAGUUGACUCUGUACUCUCUAAUAUGAAUGGUACCGAUCCAACUUCCCCAGACCUCGAAGAUCAAAGACUAAACCCUCAUAGUGAGGAAUUUUCAAGUACAUUAUGGGUGAAAAAUCUUGGCGCAGUAAUUAAUAAUGACCCAGAAUACUACAAACCAUACUCAUUGGAUUGUAUAUGGCAAAACCUCUCCACUUAUGGUGAAACCACAGGUAUUGAGUCCCAAGCUAAUUUACUUAAUGCCCCACAAAAGAUACUUAACAAAAUAUAUAGAAAGGUUAAACCAGUCAGAAAAGAAAAGUCAUUUACGAUUUUGAAAGAAAUGGAAGGUUGUAUAAAUCCUGGUGAAAUGUUGGUAGUUUUAGGUAAACCUGGUUCUGGUUGUACAACAUUAUUAAAAUCUAUAUCAAACAACACUCAAGGAUUCAAGAUAACAAAAGAGUCAAAACUUUCAUAUGCUGGUUUCUCUCCAAAGGAAAUCAAGGAACACUACAGGGGUGAAGUAAUCUACAAUGGUGAGAUUGACGUUCAUUUCCCAAAGCUAACCGUUUACCAAACUUUAUACACUGCCGCUAGAUUAAAAACUCCACAAAACAGAAUUAAAGGUGUUGAAAGAGAUGCAUUUGCAAAACAUCUUACUGAAGUUACCAUGGCUACUUACGGUCUUUCACACACAAGAGAUACAAUAAUUGGUAACGAUUUAAUAAGAGGUGUUUCUGGUGGUGAACGUAAAAGGGUGUCCUUGGCUGAAGCAAGUAUAUGUGGUGCUAAAUUUCAAUGUUGGGAUAAUGCAACAAGAGGUUUAGAUUCAUCAACAGCGUUAGAUUUCAUUCGUGCCCUAAGGGUCAAUGCAACGACUAUGGGCAAUUCUUCUACCGUAGCUAUCUAUCAUUGUUCAGAAGAUUCUUUCAAUCUGUUCGAUAAAGUAUGUGUUCUAGAUCAGGGUUACCAGUUAUUUUUUGGUCCUUGUGAAGAUGCUAAGCGUUAUUUUGAAGACAUGGGUUAUGUUUGUCCACCAAGACAAACCACUGCUGACUUUCUAACAUCUGUAACAAGUCCAGAAGAAAGAAUACUUAACAAGGAGUUUCUAAAGAAAGGCAUAAUGAUUCCACAAACACCAAAGGACAUGAAUGAAUACUGGAAAAAAUCAGAAGCCUAUGCUAUUCUGACUCGUGAAAUCGAAGCUAAACUUUCUAAAAACGUAGAGGAAUCUCGUAGAAUGAUCAAAGAAGCUCACAUCGCAAGACAAUCCAAAAGAACAAGAGCUUCCUCUCCAUACACAGUCAAUUAUGGUCUACAAGUCAAAUAUCUACUCUACAGGGAUAUUUGGAGAAUAACAAACUAUCCUACAGUAAAUCUAUUCAUGCUGUUUGGUAACUCAACAAUGGCAUUGAUUUUAGGUUCGAUGUUCUACAAAAUCAUGAAGCAUCAGGAUACUGAGAGUUUCUAUUUCAGAGGUGCCGCUAUGUUUUCUGCUAUUCUUUUUAACGCAUUCUCAUGUCUAUUGGAGGUUUUUUCAUUAUACGAGGCAAGACCUAUUAUCGAAAAACACAAAUCAUAUUCUUUAUACCAUCCAAGUGCCGACGCUUUUGCAUCUAUUAUCUCUCAAAUUCCAACCAAGCUUUCUAUUGCUAUCUGUUUUAACAUUAUCUUCUAUUUUUUGGUAAAUUUUAAACGUGAUGCAGGAUCAUUCUUUUUCUACUUUUUAAUUAACAUUGUGACUGUUUUCUCUAUGUCUCACAUGUAUAGAACUUUUGGUUCGUUAACUAGAUCACUUCCAGAGGCUAUGUUUCCUGCUGCUGUUUUGCUUCUAGCUAUGGCAAUGUACACUGGGUUUGCUAUUCCAAAGACGAAAAUGUUGGGAUGGUCUACAUGGAUCUGGUAUAUCAAUCCACUGGCGUAUCUAUUUGAAUCUUUAAUGAUCAAUGAAUUCCACGAUCGUCAAUUUACGUGUUCUUCUUUCAUCCCAACUGGUGCGAUGUAUGCUGAAUACACUGGUACUCAUAGAAUUUGUGCUGCUCGUGGUGCUCAAGCUGGUCAAGAUUAUGUCCUUGGUGAUGACUACAUUAAAAACAAUUAUGGUUACGAACAUAGUCAUAAAUGGCGCGGUUUCGGUAUUGGUGUUGGCUAUUCUGUCUUCUUCCUAUUGACCUAUUUACUUGUCUGUGAAUUUAAUCCUGGUAAAGCCCAAAGAGGUGAAAUGUUGGUAUACCCACAGCAUAUCAUUAGAAAAAUGAGAAAACUAAGACAAAGUCUGAAAAUUACUGAGUAUACCGAAGAUGAUUUAGAAGCUGGUUCAAGUGAUUCUAGCAUUACAGAUAUCACAUUAUUAGAAGACUCAGGAGAGUUGGAAGAGGAGAAAUUUGAAUCUGCGGGUCUGUCAAAGUCAAAAGAUAUCUUCCACUGGAGAAAUGUUUGCUAUGAUAUCGACAUUAAAGGUAACACCAAAAGAAUUUUGAACAAUGUCGACGGUUGGGUUAAGCCAGGAACAUUAACUGCUUUAAUGGGUGUGUCUGGUGCAGGUAAGACCACAUUACUCGAUUGCUUAGCUGAAAGAAUUACGACUGGUAUAAUUAGCGGUAAUAUCUUUGUUAAUGGUACUACACGUGACGGUUCCUUCCCAAGGUCUAUCGGUUAUUGUCAACAACAGGAUCUACAUUUGAAAACAUCUACAGUCAGAGAAUCACUAAGAUUUUCUGCAUAUUUACGUCAACCAAGCACUGUUUCAAUUGAAGAAAAGAACGCAUACGUAGAGGAGGUUAUCAAAAUCUUAGACAUGGAAAUUUACGCCGAUGCUAUUGUCGGUGUUCAAGGUGAAGGUUUAAACGUUGAACAAAGAAAAAGAUUAACAAUUGGUGUCGAAUUAGCUGCUAAGCCGAAAUUACUUGUUUUCCUUGAUGAACCAACAUCUGGUCUAGAUUCUCAAACUGCCUGGUCUAUUUGUCAAUUAAUGAGAAGACUUGCUGAUCAGGGUCAAGCUAUCCUUUGUACCAUCCAUCAACCAACUGCUAUUCUUAUGGAAAAAUUUGACAGAUUGCUAUUAUUAGAAAAAGGUGGUAAGACAGUUUAUUUUGGUAAGUUGGGUUCCGGCUGUCGUAACAUGAUUAAUUACUUCGAAAGACACGGCUCUCCAAAAUGUCCUUCUGAUGCUAAUCCAGCCGAAUGGAUGUUAGACACCAUUGGUUCAUCAAGUAGCUCACAUGUCCAGGAAGAUUAUCACGACAUCUGGAUUAAUUCUAUUGAUUACAAAAUGGUCCAAAAAGAACUAGAUCAACUGGAAAACGUAAAUAUAAAUAAUUCCAUGAGUGUCAACAAUUCUGAUGAUAACGAAUUUGCUACAUCAUUGAUAUACCAGACAGCAAUAGUCGGUAAACGUCUAAUGGAACAAUAUUGGAGAUCUCCACAAUAUCUAUGGUCUAAGUUUGCUUUGACAAUUAUCAAUAUGCUAUUUAUUGGGUUUACAUUUUUUAAAACAAAAGCUUCUCUACAAGGGUUACAAAGUCAAACAUUGGCCAUUUUCAUGUUUACUGUCAUUUUCAACCCCUUAUUACAACAAUACUUACCUAACUAUGUCCAACAACGUGACCUCUAUGAAGUCAGAGAAAGACCAUCUAGAACAUUCUCUUGGAAGGCGUUUAUUGUUUCUCAAAUUUUAAUCGAAGUCAUUUGGAAUUUCUUAGCUGGUACAAUUGCGUUCUUUAUUUACUAUUACACCAUCGGUUUCUACCGUAACGCCUCAGUUGCUAAUCAACUAUACGAAAGAGGUGUGUUAUUCUGGUUAAUAUGCACAGCCUACUUUGUCUUUGUCGGUUCAAUGGGAAUUCUAACCAUGUCUGCUAUUCAAGUCCUAGAAAAUGCUGCUUAUGCUGCUAGUUUAAUGUUUACUAUGUGUCUAUCCUUCUGUGGUGUCUUCACUACCAGAAAGGCAAUGCCUGGUUUCUGGGUAUUCAUGUACAGAGUAUCACCACUAACAUACCUAUUAGAAUCCUUAUUAGCUGUCGGUGUCAGUAAUGUUGCAAUCGAAUGUGAUGAAAACGAGUUCUUACAAUUGGUUCCACCUGCCGGUCAAACUUGUGGUGAUUAUCUAAGCCCAUAUCUUUUUGCGGCACAAACUGGUUACCUAAAAGACCAAUUAGCCACAGACGUCUGUAGUCUAUGUGAAUUAUCACAUACUAAUGAUUACUUAUCUAGAGUCGACGUCAAAUAUUCUCAGAGAUGGAGAAAUUACGGUAUCUUCCUUUGUUAUAUUGUAUUCAAUUACUCAGCCGGUGUUCUUCUAUACUACCUAUUUAGAGUUCCAAAGAAGAACAGCACAAAGAGUAAGUCCACAUAA